AUGCCCUUUGGAAUCAAUAAUCCGCUACCCUCGUCUAUGAGGAGCGAAUGCAAAAAGGCCGGCAAAAUCCUCGCGUCUUUUGUCGACCCCAGACAGAGCUUCGGGCCUGAUAAAAUCAUUCCGCCCUCAAUCCUCGCAAACGCAAAGGGCCUCGCAGUCUUAACCGUCUUUAAAGCCGGCUUUCUUGGUUCUGGUCGACUUGGAUCCGGUGUUGUCGUCGCGCGACUGCCUGAUGGUUCAUGGUCCGCUCCUUCAGCCAUCGCCACAGCAGGUGGAGGUUUCGGUGGUCAAAUAGGUUUCGAAUUGACCGAUUUCGUCUUCAUUCUUAACGACUACAACGCCGUCCGCGCUUUCUCACAAGCCGCCUCCGUCACUCUCGGCGGAAACGUCUCCAUCGCUGCGGGUCCGGUUGGACGAAAUGCCGAAGCUGCGGGGGCUGCCAGCCUGAAGGGUGUGGCAGGGGUCUUCUCGUACAGUAAAACAAAAGGCCUGUUCGCAGGUGUCAGUCUGGAAGGCAGUGUUCUGAUUGAGAGGAGAGACGCCAACGAGAAGCUCUACAAUAGCCGCGUCACGGCCAGACAACUCUUGGAGGGUGCUGUCAGACCCCCCCCUGCGGCAGAUCCCCUGAUGAGAGUCCUCAAUACCCGAGUCUUCUCCGGUUCUGCUUACAAUGACAACAGCAUGUACAACGACGUGCCCAUUUAUGACGACCAACAUGACGAUGUCGUCUGGGAGGGAAGGACCGGCGAAGCGUAUGGUGCGAACGUUCGGAACAAUCGCUCUUCCACCGUGACUUCGGCGGACGACAACUACGUCUAUCGCGACAACCCCAAUCCCCGACGUGCCAAUACCUGGGCUGAUGAUGUUUACGAUCGAGUACCGGCCGGUAGGAAUAAUGGCACGGUCGACAGUUUCUCCAGCCGCAGUCGAUCGAGCACAUUACAAAAUGACUACAGUUUUUCUGACAACAAGCCAACCCGACCAACGGCUCCAAAACCCGUCUUCAGGCAGCGAACCGGCUCGUUACGUGCCGAUCAAGCCAUCGCUCUGUUCACCUUUGAUGCGGACCAAGAGGGCGACCUAGGGUUCAAGAAGGGGGAUAUCAUCACCAUCACAAAGAGAACAGAGAACAAGACCGAUUGGUGGACCGGACGGACCGAAGAUGGUCGGACGGGAAUUUUCCCUUCCAACUAUGUCGAAACGGCCUCUUGA